AUGGUUGUUAUGCUUAUUGAUAAGAUAUUGUCUGUAGUAAUAGUAAUUAUUAAGUAUUCAUACUUGCAGACAUGGAUUUUAGAUGCUCUUAAUCUAACCUUUCUAAUUAAGUACUCACAACUAUACUUUCCUGAGCAUUAAAGCAUGUUAACUUAUGCUAUCUAUAUAAAAGUUAUCCCUGCCUUAGUUAUUUAGCUUGUUUACAUGUAUUUGCAAGGGUCAGUCUUUUGUGGGAUCGAUGGAAACCAAACAGGAAUCUUUUUAGCUUAUCUUUAGCUGAAUAUUUUAAAUUUAUUUAUGACUGUAAAGGCUCUCUUUGUGAAUUCUGAAGAGUUUGUUUAGAUAUAAAAUGGUAAUGCUGAUUUCAGCAACAGAAAGAUCUUACUAGAGAAUUCUAAGGAUCUAUUUAACACUUUUUGCUUAUACAAUAUGUGGGCAGUGAUUUUAACUCAGCCAAAAAGCAGUUAUUUAUACUAAAAUGUUAGCUUGUGGUGUGUAAUUAUCUAUUUUCUUAGUCUGAUUCUUGAAUUCAAUAAGACCAAGUAGUUCAAAUCUACUGUCUAUGCUCUCUGCAGUUUUGAAAUUUCCCUUAAAAACUUGAAAUCUAUGCAUACUUGCAAUAUUUUGAUGCAAAAGUAAAUCAAUAUUAGCCAUAAAAAUAAAAGCAUCACAUAGUCAAUUGAUAUCAUACUUUAAGAUACAAAAUCCUCUCACUUCAUCCUUCUCAAAAGCUUAAGCCUAUUCUAUGACUACUUCGAAAUAGAUUCUUCCAUAAUGUUCUAGGAAGACUAUGAAAAAGACCCAAUAACCGAAGUUGAAAAAUUCUAUUUCUUCUCCAAGAUCUUCGAAAUCUUGAUAAAAAGAAAUGGUUCUAUUCUGAUUCAAUCCUUCCUAAAGACUGAAAAUGGAAAUUAAGUCACUCUCAUAAAUAAAAAUUUCAAAUUUAAUGAAUAGCUCUAGCUAUCUCUCCUUUCCAGCAGCUAAUACCUGCCUGACAUAUCAAUGUUUAACAUAUAAUUCAACAAAGAAAACUGCAACAAAAUAAUAUAAGAAAGAUACUCAAAAGGUAUUCUCUUUGACAAUACAUUUUAUUAAGCUUUACAAGAAAAGCAACAACAGAUGCACGAAACUUCAGCUAAAGUCUUGAAGAAUUCGAUGCUAUAAAUCUAUGCAUUUUAAAAAUAAUUAAAAUAUCUCGUAAUGAAUAACCCUUCACAAGUCUUAUUCGAUUUAUACGAAUGA